AUGUCCCGGAGGCAUGCAAACCAGAAACAAGAAACUCUACUUUUAUUUGAGAUUUUAGUGGAAAAUAUUCAAAUUGACGGCGAAAAGAAAAUAUCCGACGUGCUUGCUGUAGGAAUACGACUGCUGGACUUCCCGACGCUGCUUGUUAAUCCCCCUGAAUUUGGAGGAGGUAACGACAUUCGGUACCGACAGCAGGACAAUAACAAUCGAUGGGUAUAUUCAUUUAACAGAGGCAAGUCUUGCUUCUUCGAAAUGAAUUUGGACUCCUUGCAUACGCAACUCAUCAGCACCCCUCUGUAUGUUAUGAUUCUCGAUGUGAAAGAGGAAAUACCCAAAUUAAUAGGGACAUCUCUCAUCUCGUUGGCGACAAUUGUGAACAGAAUCAAACAUGAUUCCACCGAACAUGAUGUCACUGGUUGCUCCUCAUAUGGAGAGAGGGGGGUUGUGUGUGUAAACAACCUUGCAGAGGAGCCAGUCGGAGUUAUUUCCCUGAGUUAUAAACUCCUAAUUGUUGGAGGGGGUCUGCCACCACAUGUGACCCAAAAAAUUCCUGUCUACAGGGAACAGUGUCCUCAGGUGGACAUUAUGAAGAAGAAUGCAAGGGAAAAAUUACAUUCUGGUUCUAUGAUACAUCCGUUUUUCGCGCAGGAUGACUAUGGUGGUGGCGAUAUUGUGGACAAACAAGCUGAGUCCACUCAGACUGGACAUAACCCAAUGAGUCAAAUACACAACACAGUCGAAGCACACAAUAGUUUUGAAGAGGACCUUGCGGUGUUUUGCCCUCCACGUCUUUACUAUUGCAAUUCUGGCAAGGAAAAACACAAAACCCAAGGAAGUGAGUACAGAUUAAUUAAACCAGAUUCAUCAGUUGUAACAUAUGAAGAGUCAUUCUCUAAAAUUGAACAUUUCUCAGCGACGGACCAGGCAUCAAAAAGUACACCUAAGAAAACAGCAAGUGUAGCUACAAAUGUCACUGAGGAAGCUUUGAGGCCACUUCCUCUCCUAAAUGCUCUUUUUGUCGAACUUUCACAGUUAAAUGUCCAAAACUUGCACCAGCUGACUGUGUCAAGUCAUCGAGACUCGCUGUCUGUUUGUAAACAUUCUUCAACUGAGGCUUUAGAUGGACAAGGAAGCACACCAAAGACUUCAAAAUCAAUGCCAGAGCAGGAACGCAGGCGAGGCUACGGUUCUUACUUGAAACAUUCGCAUUACCCCAGAAAUGUAUCUCCAAAAAAUAUGAAAGCUGACCCUGGUGUACCCCUGCAAAACAACCAAGCUAAGGCUUUAGUUGAAAGUAAAGCACACGGGAAAAAACUUGUAUAUGGGACAACAAAAUCAUACAAUCUAAGAUGCAAGAAAAACAACAAUAUGAUGAAACAACAGGACUGUAUGGUGUCACAUACAUCUGCUGAUGAAACAGGUCCAAGUGUGAGUAAGGGGAAGAAAACAGUGAAACAAAAUAGUUUGAUUCCUAAAGAAAAUGCAAAGAACACCGAAAACAUGGAAAUGUUUUCUGUAGUGGAGGACACGACAAAGCAUGACGAUAGGUCAGAGUGUGAAAGUCCGAAGCAAGACGAAACUCUGUUGGGUUUAAUCCCUAUCAUCAAUGAUGAUGAUGAUGCCUCAAGCAGAAAGCUACCUAAAAUGAGCAUGACAUGGACUAAGUCAGAGAGCCACAAUGUGAAACUUAACUCUUGUAGGAAUAGUAGAGACAGCAGCCACGAGUCUUCACAGUCAGAGAGCCACAAUUCAGGCUCUGAAAAAGGAGACGACUACGACGACGACUUCAACAGUUUUGACGCCAGUGAUACAGACAACCUCAGUAGUCCCGAGCCGGCUCAAGAAACACCUCAGUUCCUCCAUAGAUUCCACGCAUCAGAUUUGGACUCCGAACCUGUUGAGGAAAGACCCCGCAUCCCUUCACCUAUUAGAGGUCAAAGUCCUGUACAGCGGAUUCUAAGAGGCACACACCUAAUCCAACCUCAAACACAAGGCGCUGCACUCAGUUUUUCUUCUAAUGAGGAUGACAAGGAUGUACCAGCCUUCUUGCAAAUGAUGUCCUCCAAGGAACAACAGAAUAAUGACAAUUCUGCAGCGACGGCAUCAAGAGGCCAAAAGAGUGCAAGCAGCAGCCUUGUGUGGGAAGGUUCUUUAAACUCUCUGUCCUCCAGUCCACUGGAGGCUGAGGAACUGGAAGAUGAUCUUGGAUCUUUGGACUUUAAAAAGGAGUAUCAACAUAUUUCUGAACUUGUGGGCUUCAAGCUCCCUGGUUACACAAUGUAA